AUGCUUCUUCUCGGCCUGACUGGCUCAAUAGCCACCGGCAAAUCCACUGUCUCCUCCAUCCUCUCCUCGCCGCCUCACUCCCUGCCUAUCGUGGAUGCAGAUGUCCUGGCCCGCGAGGUCGUCGAGCCCGGCACAAUGGGCUAUGCGGCGAUCGUGAAGCAUUUUGGUCCCACGACGCCUGAUCUCCUGGUCGGGCCAUCCGACUCCAUGCCCGAGAAUGGACCCACCGGCAAUGGACGCCCACUCAACCGACCAGCGCUGGGUCGACGCGUCUUUGGCGACAGCGAUGAACGUAAGAAGGACAGGGCAGUGCUGAACGGCAUUGUUCACCCGGCGGUCCGGUGGGCCAUGGCGCGCAAGGUGCUGUGGUGCUACCUCACAGGAUGCUGGGCCGUGGUGCUCGAUGUCCCACUGCUGUUCGAGUCCAAACUGGACCGUUUCUGCGGGACGACGCUGGUCGUGGGUGUCCGCGAUCCGGAAAUACAGAUGCGCCGACUACGAGAGCGAGACGCGCACCUUACCAGCGAAGACGCAGAGAACAGGGUGCGCAGCCAGACAGAUGUGAGAACCAAGGCGAAAUGGAGCGAGACCCGGGGAGGACAUGUAGUGUGGAACGAUGGGACCAAGGAGGAGCUCACGAUACAGCUUGAUGAGGUGAUGCGUGGGCUAAAGGCACAAAGCAACGGGCUCUGGAGCUGGGUGUUGCUGGCGUGUCCGCCGCUCGCAGUCACCCUUGCCGCCUGGCAUUUCUGGAGGAACCAGCGUUUCGCAAGCAGAUAG